AUGCAAGGAAAGCGCAGCCAGCAACCAGCCAGCAUCCAGCCAGCAGCCAGCCAGCAACCAGCCAGCAGACAGCCAGAAGCCAGCCACAGCCAGCAACCAGCCAACAACCAGCCAGCAACCAGCCAGCAACAAGCAAACCACAGCCAGCAGACAGCCGGCAACCAGCCAGCAGCCAGCCACAGCCAGCCGCAGCCAGCAACCAGCCACAGCCAGCCACAGACAGCCAGAAACCAGCCAGCAGACAGCCAGCAGACAGCCGGCAGACAGCCAGCAACCAGCCAGCAGACAGCCAGCAACCAGCCAGCAACCAGCCAGCAGACAGCCAGCAGACAGCCAGCAACCAGCCAGCAGACAGCCAGCAACCAGCCACAACCAGCCAGCAGACAGCCAGCAGACAGCCAGCAACCAGCCAGCAGACAGCCAGCAACCAGCCACAACCAGCCAGCAGACAGCCAGCAGACAGCCAGCAACCAGCCACAACCAGCCAGCAGACAGCCAGCAGACAGCCAGCAGACAGCCACAGCCAGCCACAGCCAGCCAGCAGACAGCCAGCAACCAGCCAGCAGACAGCCAGCAACCAGCCAGCAGACAGCCAGCAACCAGCCAGCAACCAGCCACAGCCAGCCACAGACAGCCAGCAGACAGCCAGCAACCAGCCAGCAGACAGCCAGCAGACAGCCAGCAACCAGCCAGAAGCCAGCCACUGCUCAGCCCCCCAGGCUCCAGAGGCACAAUUAA